GUUUUGUCCCAGUUGGCGAGCCAUAGCAUAGAGGGAAUGUCCCGGAUGUAAACAGGAGGGCAGUUUCAAAGCUUGAUAAUGGAGCUGGGAAGAGGAGGGAGUGUGGAAGUCUGUUGAGAUGGAGGUGAUGCAGCGCCGGCCGCAGGUGCAAGACCUGCUGGGGCCGCUGUCUCCGGGGGUGCGGCAGCUGGAGGGAAAGACUUUUUACCUGGAUGCUGUGCGAAGCCGCUCCUCUGCUCUGCUCGCAGAGGCUAUAGCCCGUCUUGGAGGGAAAGUGGAAAGCUUCCUUAAUAAGGACGUGACCUUUGUGGUCUCUGGGAGUCGGGACAACUGGCAGGGUUGGCAGUCUGUCCAGGAAGGGGAGGGCCCUAAGAAGGUUGCAGUGGACAGCCCCCCAGUUUCCUCCCAUCACCGGCAAGCUCAGGGCAGCUGCAGUAGCACCAGUCAGCGCACUGCUACUCCCAGACCUCAAGCGUACAGAAGCCGUGGAAGGGCCCUACUGGAGAGGGCCAUCCGUAGCAAUGAACGCUGUCCGGCGACCGGUGUCCUGGCCAACGCUGUCUCUUGGGGCAUCAAAAUUCUCCAUGUGGAUGAGUUCCUGCUAUACUUAAACCGACUUACGGAGGAAAGCUCCCGAGCCAGGAGCAGGGAACUGCAGAAAAUGGGAAAGUCUUCGGCAUGGGUUGUCAAAGCCGGAACCCUGAAGUCUCCCUACAUUAAGAUUGAAGAUUCCAGCAGGAAAUACAGACCCCUUCACACGCAGUCAGCGGUCUUCCCCAUGCUGGACUUCACUGGCAAGUUUAGUCCGUUUGAGCCACCUGCCCCUCUGCCUCUUACAAAGAGGAAGAACCAGGAGGAUGAUCAACACAUCAAAGCAAAGAAAAGGAAUGUGGAUGCUGGAAGCAGCCGAUGCACGGCUGGAUGGGACCUUCCGCCGACUCUGACUCCUUCGCCUCCCAGGAUGCGCAGGAAAACCCAGGGAUUCUGCGAAUGCUGCCAGCUCUCUUUCAAGGAGCAGGCAGAGCACCUGCAGUCAGACCAGCACCGCCAGUUUGCCCGAGACGAGUCCCACUAUGUCGUGGUGGACAGGCUGAUCUCCCUCAUGCAGCCAAACUUCUCUGAGAUCAUGGUCCACGGUCACAUGCUGAUGCGGUCUCCUCCUCAAUUUUUCCACACACAUCCAUGCCUGGAUCUAGAGCCCCAGGUGAACAGUGAUGCAGAGCAGGCCUUGCAGGCCCUGCUGUCGCCGUUCCAGCCAAACGGCAGCCCAGCUGCCCAGGAAAUGGAAGAUUCCAGGUCCACCUCCAUCACAACGAGCACCGCCCCUUCUGUCUCACCAAAGCAGGAAGCGGUGAAGUCGGUGCCCGCAGAUUUCACUCCCUGCAUCACAGUAGCUAGCACUGUGUGCCCUCUGCAGCAGUCCUGUAAACCCCAGACCAGGACUGCGUGUGGGACUAGAGGUGGUGAAGCAGGAUCCGGGCCGAGGAAGCUUACAGAGGACGUGGCAAAGUGUAGCUCACCGCCCAGCGCCCGGCCAUUGAUAUCCCGAAAUGGCAGAAAACGUGGCAGGUCAUGCAGUCUGAGUCCCAGGGUCAGAAAGAAGCGGAGGACUACAGCGUCAGUACCCUUUAGCCGCUGUGCCGCUGUCCCGGCAGCCCUGCAUGGGGAGCCUUACCUGAGGCCCCCCCUCAACACGCGGGUGACUCCGGCCACUGCCAGGCCCCAGCUUCUCACCACGCCACCUCCUGGAGAAGCUUCCAGCUCAGAUCAGCUUGUGUACACUGCAGUGAGACCGGAUACGCGUCUUGCUGCAGGUGAAAUUCCAUGUACGUCUACUGAAGAUGAGCUCCUUGGUGCGUGCGGUGCCCCCGGAGAAGGUCUUCCACCAGUACUUUGUAAUGAGAUGCUGCCGCCUGUGACACCCUCUGCCUCGGGGGGGCAGCUGGGUUUGGUGUCAUCUGGCGUGGCGCUCGGUAAAGAAUCUGACCCACCGCUGACCCCUUUGGGCUCGACCCAUAAGGCGCCUUUACCCGUCAGUGCUACCUCAGCCACCGCUCUGCACCAGACCGUCCCAUCCCUGCUCUCCCCACCACCUUUUCAGCUGGUACCCCUCCCAUCCCCGCCUCAAGGCAGCCACCCGCUCCUGGACGACAGUCCAGAUUCCAGCCCUGCCCCUCUGUCCCACUCAUUCUCCUCCGUCCGCAUCGAAGCCUCCCUGCUCCCAGACCCCUCGGCCUGCUCCCCGUCCUCCUCCGUGUCGUCAGACUGGGACUGCGACCUGCUCUCCUGGAUGUCCCGACCCGCCGCGGGUGGAGGCUGCAUCCUGGACCUCGAGUUUCUACAGAGGCCCUGCAUGACAGUGCGGGAUGUGGCCUACGAGUCGCGGCUCUGCUCUGUGCUGCACCCCCCAACCCCACCUCGGUCGCUCUGUGAGGAGGACACAGACCCCACCUUCAGGACCUUCGAGCACACUGCAGAAACCCCUGUCGCUCAAUGACAGCAUUCAGCAUCAACAAUGAACCUCAAGAGUUUGGAAUACGGAUGGAGUUCUCAGUGACGCGGCCUGUCGCUGGUGUGUAUUUGUUAUGCAGCGGUGUUAAUUAACUCCACCUGUGUCGGGCUGCUUUGACACUAAUUGGCAGCUGGAUGUCUGUUAUGCAGUGACCCCAUCAGAGCAUUAAUGUCAGUGGCUGACUGCAAGUGACUCUCAAGCUUUAUGUCAGUUGGCCUCCUUGGCACCCUUUAGUGUUAAGUGUUUCUGUACUCAGUAGAAGGAUAUCUGAGGGUUACUGGGAAGCUCGGUGCAUUAGUCUAAGUCUUACAGCUGGGCAGGGUUCUGUGAACCCCCCCCCCCCCACCACCCUUCCAUAUUGAUUUUGUAAUAUUUUUUUUUACGAGGGAGGUGUCUAUUCUCAGAGACCCAUGUGAAUGUAGAUGAGUCAGCAUGUUUUGUUUCCUGUGAAGUCAAAAGGAUGAACCCGUCUCCCCUUCUGAAUGAAGGUCCGCUCAGUUCCGGCGUCAGAAAUCUCAGCUCACCUUCAACGCGGCACCAUCUCGCCCGGGCAGCGUUAGCGUACGCCCCCCCCCCCCGCAGACAUUGCUGUCAGAAAGGCUGUGCUGAUUUGCAGGGAUGAUCUGCGUUGUCAUGAAAUGAAGCUUCCCAGAGCUCCUUAUUUACCGGUUCUAUAUGAAGCUACAGUAUUUAGGCCCGCUAGGCCCUCGGUCGGGGGGGACGUUGUGGCUGGAGAGCUGGUGACUGUUUCCUUUAGGUCCAGCCCCCCCCCAGUUACAGGGACCCCCUCAAGGUGGAGGGGUCAUGUUCAUGUUGAGAAUGCCGACAUGCAGCAGUAUUACAGAAGAACUGUUUGAAAUGUGUUUUGUUUUUACUGAUCUUAUGAAAUAAACCUGAAAUAAAAAGUGA